ACAGUUUGAGAUGGUACAUGUUUUCACACUAAGAGUUGCUUUUGCCCCUGUCUUCAUAGGUUAUCAGCGUCAGCUGCUCUACAAACAUGAUGAUGGCUCCUACAGUGCCUUUGGGAAGUCUGACACCCAGGGCAACACAUGGCUGACAGCUUUUGUGGCCAGGUCCUUUGGGCAGGCCAGCUCUUACAUUUACAUCAACAAAAAUCAUGUGCAAGAUGCUGUGCUCUGGCUGCAGAAGCAUCAGUUAUCCAACGGUUGCUUCCAGAGUGUGGGGAAGCUCUUCAAUAAUGACUUGAAGGUAUGACUAAUGGCAAUGGAAGUAGGAGUGGGAGAAACACGAUAUGGGGACGGGGUCACUUCUCCAG